UGAAGUACUCUUCAAGGAACUGUCGCCAUUUGGAAUGGUAUCACCACUACCAGCAAUUAGCCCGGAGCCACCUGCACUGCUGUUAAUUGGACAAGUCCAGGAGUCCCCAGUACCAGGACCCUGGAAUCCACAGGCGGGCCCGCUGGAGCUGAACUGUGGUGAGGCUGACAAAUCUCUAACCUUUCCGGACCCCGGACGCGCAAUACCACAGCCUGACUGGAGCUGUCCACUGGAGUGUGGACUGGACCUGUACACAGAGGAAGUGUGGGAUUCCACGAGCUUGGAACAAUCAUCUGACUCCAACAGAGACAGGAAUACCCUGCAUGGUCAUAACUUACCGAACGACUGUGAACAUCUGGAGGUUCCACAGAAAACAUCCUCAGAAGAGCUACCCAGUGUUGGUACAGAGUCUGUGACUAUCCAGAUGCCCUAUCUAGUAUGGGCAUCCCCAAGUUCAAACAAGUUGCCUCUGAAACCUAGGGACAACCAGCAAAAGCCUAACACAACAAAUUCUUGUUACCCUCAGUAUGGGCAACAGUUUGUCAGUAACAAACUACUUCCUUGUAACCCUCAAACAGGAGAGCUAGGUUACAAUUGUCACAUAUGUGGGAAAGGGUUCCUUCACUGGGCAGACCUUGAUGCACACCAGUAUAGUCACACAAACGAGAGACCCUUCCAGUUCGCCCAGUGCAGCAUGCAAUUCACUCAGCUGUCUCACCUUAUAGAGCAUGAGAGAAAACAUCUUCAAAUACAAUCCUAUCAAUGCCCUGUGUGUAGGCAGAACUUUACACUUUUGUCCAGCCUGACAGAGCACAGGAAAAUUCACAGUGAGGGAAAGAAGCAUCAGUGCCUGACCUGUGGAAACUUCUUUAAUCGGAGGUCAUCUCUCCUGCAGCACCAGAGAACACACACUGGAGAGAGACCAUAUAUCUGUGAAUAUUGUCAGAAAAGCUAUAGGUACAGGUCAAACCUGAUGAUACAUAGAAGAAACCACACAGGGGAGAAGCCGUACAAGUGUAGCCUCUGUUCCAAAGGCUUCAUAAAAAAAACAGAACUUACUUCCCACCAAGCUGCUCACUUUCGGGAAGAAUUUCUUGGUAAUAAUACAUCCAGGGAAAAGGAUACUACAGGAAGUGAGAAAUCAUAAGAGCCUGCUCUGCAGGAGUGCACUGUCCUUCAAGGGCAGUUUCACUUGCUCUCAUUUCCAUCAAGAGCUUUUGCAAUUUGGCUACAUGUAAAACCCACCCGCCAAGACAUAUAAACUCUAGAGUACUCACCUACUAGUGCCACUGUUCUUGAUUUCAUUUUCUCGGCUGGCCUUGGCAAAACUUGUUUAAGCAUUGCAGUGAAAGUUCUUUUUGUCACCAGCCAGGCAGCCACAAUGUAGGGACAAUUGAGAGCCAUAUAAAUGGAGACAUACAUAGACAUUCCCAAUUGCUCUGUCGCUAUGCAUCAUUUUCACCAAUAAAGACCUGGCCUGUGACGGAAAUGCACCGGCUCACCUUGCUUCAGUCUCAUGAGCUCCUUUGAGCAACACGGAAAUGCUUCCUGAACAUUAGUGACCACAAAGUUGCUUGACCCCUGCCCCAGCACCCAACAGCACCACCUGCUUCUGUGUGGUUGUGGCUCUUUACUUGGGCAUCAUUUCACCUUUUUUAACGGGGUCCACUUUUGACAUGCAGACAAUUUAAGAGACAGAAGGUCAACUCACAGGUACCAAGAAGAACAGCAGAAGGUAUCCAUCACAUACGUACUGUGACCCUUAAAUGAAAUACAUUAGCAUGUGGGCCGGCUUCCAAUAUAUAGUCGCACAGUGUAACUUGUUUUCUUUGUUGAUAGAAAUGAAAGCAUAUGACAGUGAGUUUUACUUUAUGUCUAGUUUUGGUCACCCUCCAUCAAUUUGAGGUAAUUUUCUUAUUGAUGAGCUUAUUGUCCCUCAUGUUUUGUUUUAUUAUCACCGUUGGCGUUUUC